AUGGAAUGGUUUGUUGUUUUUAUUGUUUUGCCUGCUCUUAUCCAUGCUCGCCAGAAUUAUGAAGAGCAAAUACGGUCAGACAUGGAGCACAGAGAAAGUGUUCCUGCCAUUACCGUUCCUUUGUAUGCUGCCGAACCAUUGUGUGAUAAGGAGCGUUGUGAUGUUAUUGAUGGUGGAUUUACCCACAAAGUUACAAUUGGUGGCCAAGAUUUCGAGGUAUUACUCAAUACACAUCGUGUUGAUGCAAUGUUGUGGAUUCCGCACAUUAACUGUACUUCAGGAUGUGGAGAAAAAAAGUUUGAUCCAUCAAAGUCGACAUCGUUUAAAAAGGUUAGAAACUGGAUAGGAUUUGAUGCGGCAGGCAUGCUUGGAGAUGACACUAUUGCGGUGAGUGUUCCAGAGAUACCUCGCCUGAUUCCUAAAAAGAAGUGCAAGCUGAGUUGUCAUGAGUUUUCGAUACUGAAAUAAGC